AGAGAGUUUUAUGAUCUGUCACUUUGGUACUAUGUGGAUUUCAUGUUUGCACUGGAGGACACCUCCUCGGAUAGACUAGGGUACUGAUUUUGACAGCGGUCUUUUAUUGCUCAAUGAUAAGUAGUUGAAACUUUCAACCUUUUCGAAAAACUAUUCAUUUUUCCCACCGUUUUUUUCCUUUUACCGCGUAUUAGAAAACGAAAGAACUGCACCCAUGCGCCUGAGUCCAAAGUUACCGUGCUAGCCAACGCUAGCUACUUACUUCAAAAAGCUAUGCUUUGCCAAACUAAACUGGGAUUUAAAGGUCAACUCUCAGGUAGCAUAGCUUUCCUUUCGCUUAUCCUUUAAGGGAACAGUGCAUAUUUUCACCUGGUACCUUCGCUAGCAGCAUUCUGCUAGCAAUAUUUCAAAGAAAUGGGAUUACACCCUCUGGAAUUCAGUGAAUGCUAUCUGGACAGCCCAGGCUUCAGGGAGAAAAUCAAGUCACACGAAGCAGAGUUGGAGAAGACCAACCGUUUUAUCAAAGAACUCUACAAGGAUGGAAAGAAUCUUAUCAAUGCCACAAAGCAGCUUGGGAUGGCACAGAGGAAGUUUGCCCAGUGCCUUGGUGAAUUUCAGUUUGAGUACAUUGGGGAUGCGAAGACGGAUGAUGAGAAAUGUAUUGAUGAUUCAUUACUAGAAUUCUCUUCUUUUCUCAAGAACCUGGAGGACCAAAGAGAGCUUAUGAUGAGGAACAUUACAGAAACAUUGAUGAAACCCCUUGAGAAGUUCCGUAAAGAGCAACUGGGCGCGGCAAGGGCGGAAAGGAAGAAGUAUGAGAAGGAAACGGAGAAGUACUACAGCUCCUUGGAGAAGCUUUUGAACAUGUCAGCAAAGAAGAAGGAGCCUCAGCUCCAAGAGGCAGACAGCCAGGUAGAGGUCAUGAGGCUGCACUUCCAGGAGGAGUCCCUUGACUACGUAUGCAAACUGCAGGAGAUCCAGGAGAGGAAGAAGUUUGAAUGCGUUGAACCGAUGCUGGCCUUUUUCCAGACAGUCUUCACCUUUUAUCACCAGGGAUUUGAGCUUGCCAAUGACUUUGACCAUUACAAGCAGGACUUGCAGAUAAAUAUCCAGAAUACGAGGAGUCGGUUCGAGGGGGCACGGCUGGAAGUGAACGAGCUGAUGAAGCGGAUCAGGGAGGCGCCACAGGAAUACAGACAGACCAGUCCGAUAAGCAGCGAGGGCUACCUUUAUGUACAAGAGAAACGACCACCUCCCUUUGGUUCGAGUUGGGUGAAGCGCUAUUGCACAUUCGUCAAGGAGCAGAAGAUCUUACACAUGGUGACCUUUGACCACAGAUCUGGUGGAAAGAUGGGGGAAACCGAGUCGGUCACUCUAAAGUCCUGUGUCCGCAAAACUACAGACGUGCUGGAUCGGAGGUUCUGCCUGGACCUUGACAUCACAGAUCGUCCCGGGACGGUCCUGACAGUACAGAGCAUGUCCGAAGAUGACCACAAAUUCUGGAUGCAGGCCAUGGGAGGGAAGGAGCCUCUCGGACAUUAUCUUGGAAGGACCUGCUCCAAAGAAAGAGGAAGUAUGUGUCUAGUUGAGAUGGAUCAAGUUUCAACUAAGUUUUUGUCUAACUUAUUGGGGGAUGGUUCAAGCAAGAUGGUUCUUCUCAAACUUAUUUCUUCCACUGUAGUUGAUGCCCAGUUGGAUGACUUGGGCAUGGGCUUUGUGCAGAACUCGAUCAACGCCAUAGAGAAAAGAGGUAUCAAUGACCAGGGCUUGUACAGAGUGGUGGGGGUCAGUUCCAAGGUCCAGAAGCUCCUCGCACUAAUGAUUGAAGAGAAGAGCCACGAGGUGGAUCUGUCCACCAGUGAAGAAUGGGACGUUAAAACGAUAACCAGUGCCCUGAAGCUUUACCUGAGGAGCCUUCCUGAGCCAUUGAUGACCUAUGGACUUUAUAAAGACUUCAUCAAUCCUGCAAAGAGUGGUAGUCCAGAGUCUCGUUUCCAAGCCAUCCACUGCCUGGUCCACAAACUGCCCGACAAGAACCAACACACCCUGGGGCUCGUUCUGAAGCAUCUGGCCAAUGUUGCAGACCACAGUAAGCAGAACCUGAUGACCGUAGCCAACCUGGGCGUGGUGUUUGGCCCCACACUGAUGAGACCCCAGGAGGAAACCGUGGCGGCCAUCAUGGAUCUGAAGUUCCAGAACAUUGUGGUGGAGAUCCUCAUCAAGCAGCACCAGAAGAUCUUUGCAGGAGCCCCAGAAUCGUGCCCUGCGUCGGGCGGCCCGGUACUGCUGGCCCCGACCAGGCAGUCCAAGAAGGUGGCUCGCCAGAACAGACCUCUGGCCGUGUACAACCCCCAGGCCCUGGACAUCAAGAGUGCAGUCUCACCGGAUGGAAGCAGUCCCACCCCAGCAGCAGAUGACGGCUCAACGGGUAGCAGUGAUUCGGUGGAGUCGCAGCCCUCCUCACGCAGCCCCCCUCUGGCCACGCCCUCAGACACCCCUCCAGAGAAGAGUGGCCACACCCCGCUCUCGUCCCCCCUCAGCAACACAAGCACUGGGGGCGGAGCCUCCCACGCCGGCUCUGCAGGCUCCCGGGAGACCAACCUAACCGGCGCUGUAUCUUCUGAUGAAGCCCAAGCAGAGGAGAGCGUCCCGGUGGCCAGGAAGGCCGAGGCGGUGUACCCUUGCGAGGCGGAGCACGACUCGGAGCUCUCCUUCCUGAUCGGCGCCAUAUUCACCGGCGUGACCCCAUCGAGGGAGCCCGGCUGGCUGGAGGGGGUGCUGGACGGGAAGAAGGGCCUCAUCCCAGAGAACUAUGUCAAGUUCCUGUAGCCGCUUGCUCCAAUACAAAGCAAGACGGAGCGGAUGGAGAUCCAGGGGAGCUAAAAUCAAGAACGAACGGGGGGGGGGGGGGGGGGCGGGGUGCCUUUGCUUUUCACCCAAACCUACUAUCGUUAUACCAUUGUGUGAACUCUAUGAACAAAAAUAUGGUGCCGCAAAUUACCGUCGUUUGUUGAAACCGUACUAUUCCUUCAAGGCACCCGUCGGAUUAGCCGUUACACCUGACAGCGUGCAUGAAGUCACUGGGUACACUACAAGGGGACCAGAACAUAGCCGAGUGCAUUCACCACACAUUUACGUGGCAAAUGCCAAGCUCUCACUCCGUACCAACACAGUCACCAGCAGUAUCCCACCCAACCCCAACGACCUGCCAACAUAUACAUGGUAUCCAUGAGUUGUAAGUCCCAGCUGAACCCCCCCCCCCUACCCAACCCAUUGUCAGAAGAGUUACCUCUCUGUGAAAUGUGGUUGACGACGGCCUCCCACUGCUAGUCCAUAGAAGCUACAACAGUCCACUCCACCAGUGUACAGACCUCAGGACAGACGGGCUGUUUCCGAUGUGCCUUAACACAAACGUGAAUGUAAGAGAUCCACUUGCUGGGGAGUUGAUACAGAGGUCUUUUCAUUCAAUUUUUUUUUUGCUUUUAGCUGUGGAAGGUUGCAUGUGCUGAUUUAACAAAGUAUACAUCGAUGCAUCACAAAGCAUAUUGAUCUUUUAUUUGAAAUUAUUUAAUUGGCACACUGAUUGCAUGUCGCUGAACCGUGUACCAUUUGUCAUAUAUAUUGUUAUUUUUGUUUCAAUGGCAUACUUUGCCACCGUUGACGUAUACACUCCGCUGCAGAGGGGGACAUUUCUUCAUAAGGGCUUCACCACCCUUGCCGGUAGUUUGCUGUGAUGCAAGGCUGGUUUUUAGAUAUGCUGAAAGGCCUCUCGUAUUACUAGGUAUUUAAUGAGUUUGAGGAAAGUGUUAAGAUAGUUAUGACUGUUAGCCGGGGUUCAGCAUAGUUUGCGAAAUAGUUUUUACCAAAGGGUUUUACUGAAAUUCUUAUCUAGAAAUCCUCGUUGGACGUUGUUCUCUAAUGUUUGAACAUAAAAAUCAAAACACACAAUGUUUGCACAGUUCCUUUUUUUCCAAUUGACUUCUUUAAAAAUCCAAAUUUGUUGUUUUUAUUAAUAAACAUAUGUUGUUUGGUUGUUUGUAAAGAGCUUAAAAUGCCAACUAUAUUACAAAUUACAAAUGUAACUUUUAUGAAAGUUUAAGGGUUAUACACGUCGUCUUCAAUCUAUUGUCAAACGCUUUGUCUGAAAGUGUCAGUUCAGUGUUUUGUUUAACCAUUUCAAUAAAAAUGAUUUAAGGCUGA